AUGAAGCCCUAUGAGCUUUCUCAACUCGUCACAAAUAUUGUUCUCCUUGCACAGUAUCUCCUCCACCCAGGUGGACAUCUCGUGUUCUUCCUGCCUAUGGGGAUGGAACUUAUAGCAAACAGUUUGCAGGAUUUUGAAAGCUGGGGGCAGAGGUUGAUCACAAUAAAGAAGACUGCGCAUGCUGAGUACCUACCUCUGUCUUUUGAUUACAUAAGGGAAGUAGAGGAGAGCAGGGACACACACAUUCUGGUGCAUAAAGAUUUCAGAGAGAAGUAUUUCCAGGGUUUCAAGAGGGACGAUGAGAGAUGAGCUUUGCUAGUGCAUUUCCAUUCGCUAAAGUCAAACCCUUGAAACAACUGCUACUAAUACAAGAUACCAAAGAUCUGUCUCG